AUGACUACUAGAUUCGGUUACCAAGGCGUGCAGAAUCGAGAGACGAAAUCGAGUGGUCGCAGAUGGCAGCUGGAAGAGGGAAGCUUUGUUCAGGCAAAGAAUACUUCUGAGAUAUCGGCUGAUGCUGAGGAAGUAAAACACCUCAACGUCAAUGUGGUGAACCAUCCGAGCUACACCAAGAGUAUGGCUGCUAACGAUGCUGACGAAGACACCAAUAAGAAUGAGGUUCGGCAGCAGAGCUCGGCCAUCUUUGACACCCAAGAUAAUUUGCCUGCGACUCCACCUCUGAAGAAGCGUCUCCGAUCGGGCCGCCGACCCGAUUACAACCGUCUCGGCCGAGGGGAGCUUGUUCUCAUAGAGCGUUGA